GGCCCAAAAGUUCAAAAUCCAUUUUGAGAAGCCUCUUCAAUUUUUGCAACGGUUACAUUUUCCGGAAAUGGAAGACAGCACACAAAUCAACGAAGUGAAGCCAACUUAAAACUCCCAAAAAUCCCUGUUUUUUGAAGCGGUCUCAACAUUUCGAUUUGGAUAAUGGAUUUUUCAGAGGAAGACUGUCUCAGUGAAUCCGAAUCCAGUUCGCGAUUCUCCGAUGAUUCGCAAAACGACCCGGAUUUCGAUAUCGAGGAGACCACGUUGACGCUCUCAAAUCUCUCGCUAAAGAGGAAAUCAAAGAGAUCGAAGAUCAAUGGUGAUGAGGAAAUGGAUGUUGAAGAAGAGGGAGAUGAGCUUGAUGAGAAGGAUAAAAAGAGCUAUGAAAUUAUUCAGAAAAUCAUCGAAGAUGGUAGGGUUGAUAGAUUGAAAGUGGAGCAAUGCAAGAUUUACUUAAGGAAACAUGGUUUAAGACUGAGUGGCAAGAAAGAGACACUGAUAGAACGGAUUAAGGAGCACGUAGAUAUUGUCAAUGGUGGUGGGGAGGCUAAGUAUCCAGCAUCUAGUUUUGUGUUGAAUUGCAAAGGUGAUGCUUGCAAGGGAGACAUCGUCAUCUUUGAACAGAAUGUUUAUGAAGAGUUUAGUAUAGUGUCUCGUAGUGCAACGGCUGGUCCUUUAGGAACAAGGAUUGUUGCGGGGAGGAUCUUGAAGGAGAGCUAUGGUGCUGCCAAGCAGCAGCACACGUUCACGAUCGAAGUGCUAUGGAGUAAAGGAGAGAAACCACUGCCUCCACUGCAUCCCUUGCUCAUCAAAGGCAGGAAUCUUUAUAGGUUGAAAACGAUGAGACAGAAAUGGGAAGAUGAAGGAGAAAGGCAGAGGAUUUUGUUCGAAAAGCAUGCUAGAGGCGAUGCUGCUCGUUCAAAUAGGGAGGUGCGCAUACAGCAGAAAGAAAAGCGAAAAAUGCAGAGAUCAACAAGGGUUGUAAGAAACGAGCAUCCUAACAGAAAACAAGAACACGAGAGAAGAAAGCCAGACGAAGUGAUCAACCACCUUCAACAGCAGCAGCAUGAAGCUCAGUUCUAUACUAGAACUCAAGAAUUGAACAUUCCAAUUCAUCCAGUAAAUCUUCAUCAAAGACAACCUUUGCUGGCUACCAACUGCAACUUUCAAAGAGCCCAGCACACAGAUUCGCAUCCCAGUAUAGUUCCUUUUUCAAAGAGUCCGACAAGGGGGAGCUUUCAUGAAGAACGUCGUCUGAACUAUCCUAUUCACCCUCGGAUCAUUUCUUCAAAUCCCAGACAUCCCAAGUUUCCAGUACAACAUACACAUAAGGAAAACGUCGGAUAUUCACAGCAAAUCCGUGCUGAUCGACCAAAUGCAGUAGGGAAUCGACCAAUUCACCAGCAGAGAUGUCGAUAUUUUGGUCAAGGAAGGUGUCACUUUGGGGAUAGAUGCAAGUUUUUGCAUGAAUUAGCUUGAAACAAGUUCAUUCUAUCUCUUUGUUGAGUCGAAAUUUAGUUUCUCAGGACUCAGUGUGAAAGAAUACGAUUGGAAUCCGUUUUGAAACAGAAACAGUAUCUUGCAUGAGGAAAUUUUCUUUAGUAAAUUGUUUAUAUUUUUCGUCA